UCUCUCUCUAUACUCUCCUUCUUCCUCUAAUCCUCCCCUAAACUGAUUUAAGUUUGGCUGAACCCUAAUAGCAAUUAUGUGUCCUAAUCGUUCGGAGAGAUCAGAAACCCUCGUUGAACUAGCUCAAAGACUCCGGCUUUACAAAUCCAAUCACACCUCCGAUGUUUCCGAUAAAGAUUCAGACACUCAAAAUUCCGGCGGCGGAUUAUUUCCGCAAGGAGUCGGUUCCGAUAGAGCUGCGGUUUUGAUCUGCUUGUUUGAAGGCCAAAGCGGCGAUCUUCGCGUAAUUCUGACCAAAAGAUCGUCGACUAUGUCCUCUCAUUCCGGGGACGUUGCGUUGCCAGGAGGGAAGUGGGAAGAGGGCGAUGAUAAUGAUGCCGACACAGCUUUGAGAGAGGCUAACGAAGAAAUUGGAUUGGACCCUUCAUUUGUGGAGGUUGUAACUAUUCUUGAGCCAUAUUACACUAAGAGGAAUAUUACUGUAUUUCCAGUUAUUGGAAUAAUUUGGGACAUCAGUAACUUUAACCCGGUCGCAAAUGCGUCCGAGGUGGAAUCGGUGUUUGAUGCUCCUUUAGAAAUGUUUCUCAAGAGUGAAAAUCAGAGAGAAGAGAAGAGCGAAUGGAUGGGUUAUAAAUAUUCGCUUCAUUUCUUCGAUUACCAAUCGGAGAAUAAGUCCUAUGUUAUAUGGGCUCUGACUGCUGCAAUUUUAAUCAACGCCGCUUCAGUUGUUUAUCAACGACCCCCUGCUUUUGAAACGCACAUGCCUAAAUUCUGGGCAAGAAGUCGCCACUGAGUACGGCUAUCCUACUGUUUCAUUUAUCAUGUUUAUUAGUAACUCUUUUGCUACUCGAAUGCAUGAAAGCUCAAUUUUUGCUAUUGUAUGUAUGGCGAUUUGUAUUUAUGAUGUACUAAUUAAUACUCUCGAUUUGGUAAAUUUGUGGUAUUGAUUGGCAGUGUUUCAUAUUG